AUGGAGAUUCCAAGCAAGAAAACCAUAUCAAAAAUGGAAGAUUAUGAAGUAAUAAAACAAAUUGGAAGAGGGCCUUUUGGAGCUGCAUUUCUUGUUCACCAUAAGAUUGAGAAAAAGAAGUAUGUUUUGAAGAAGAUUCGCCUUGCUAAGAAAACUGAAAAAUUUAAGCAUGCUGCACGCCAAGAGAUGGAUUUGAUGGCGAAGCUGAAUAACCCCUACAUAGUCGAGUACAAGGAUGCAUGGGUCGAGAAGGACUGUUGUGUGUGCAUUGUGACAAGUUACUGUGAAGGUGGAGACAUGGCAGAGAUAAUCAGAAAAGCUAGAGGAAUAUUUUUCCCUGAAGAGAAAAUCUGCAAAUGGCUGACUCAAUUACUUCUAGCUGUGGAUUACCUUCACUCUAAUCGCAUCCUUCACCGGGAUCUCAAGUGCUCAAACAUUUUCCUUACAAAAGACAACAAAAUCAGACUUGGUGACUUUGGUUUUGCAAAACUGCUUAGUAAAGACGAUCUCGCUUCAACGGUUGUUGGAACUCCAAACUACAUGUGUCCGGAAAUCCUAGCAGAUAUACCAUAUGGCUACAAAUCAGACACAUGGUCCUUGGGUUGUUGUAUGUUCGAAAUAGCUGCCCAUGUACCUCCAUUUCGAGCUGCAGACAUGGCUGGGCUCGUGAACAAAAUAAAUAGAUCAACUAUUUCUCCUCUCCCAACUGUAUAUUCCUCAACUCUGAAGCAAGUGAUUAGAAGCAUGCUUAGACGAAGCCCAGAACACAGGCCAACAGCUGCAGAACUUUUAAGGCACCCGCAUUUGCAACCAUAUCUUGCGCAAUAUAGCAACUUACCUCCUGUAUUUCUUCCGGUGAAAUGUGAAAUUGAGUCGAAGUGCAGAGCAUCGAGGACGAAAAUUCCUGACAAACCUACAUCGGAUAAAGAUAGAAAACCUAGAACGAAAGGAAUGGUGGAAAGGUCGAAAGAUAUUUCAGAUACAGAGAGAAAGGCACGUUUGCUCACUCACUUAAAAGUUCCAAAACAUAAUUUGAAAAAUCAGGCAGCAGAUCUAAACCAAGUACCUAAAAGGGAUUUGAGAGCUGAAAAGAAUUGUCCCAACAAACACGAAAGUGUAGACUCGGGAUCCUCAUCAGGAUCAAGUACACUGACUGAACGGCACGAAGACACGGAACAAAAAGAAUGUACUCAGCAACUACGUGUUGCUGGUGAAGCUGGUAUUGAUUGUAAGAAUCCUUGCAAGAAACUACACCGAAGAAUGGAAAUGCCAAGUUCGUUUCCUACUUGUAAUAACCGAAUAAUUGAAGGUGAAACGUCGUUGGAAGGUAAGCAAGUAGGCAAAGAUAGAAGUAUAGAGGCACUUGUACAUACAGCUGAAUUCAGAAAAAACAUAUCUGAAAAACGUACUCUAACAUAUGUUGCUCCAAGUGAAGAGAAGGCAGAAGCUAUGGAGACAUUACUUGAACUUUGUGCUCAACUAUUAAAACGAGAAAGGUUCGAGGAACUUGCUGGCGUGCUGAGACCAUUUGGGGAAGACGAAGCUGUAUCGUCGAGAGAAACAGCAAUCUGGUUGACGAAAGGGUUGAUGAAUAUUCAAAGACAAGGUGAAGAAGUUCAGCAGCAUUAG